AAAGAAAUAUAGAUGAUUUUUUAAAAAACAAUCUGCAGUUACAAGUUCUUUAAAAAUCAAACAGAAGUACCCUCACAAAAUCAUGUCUUGUUUAUGAUGAAACAGAUACUUCCUUUAUCUGACGUCAAGUGACUAACUUAUUGUUUCCCUCAGAAAGCCUCUUGACUAAGGUUUCCCCUUGUCUUUAUAUUUCCUUAGCAAAAGGUGUCUGUGACUAUUCACUUUCAGAGAAAGAAGAAAAGCAGAAAAGAGAAUGCACGUCUUAAGAUGCUAAGGGACAGGGGAUUGAAAUAGCCUGGAAAAUGUUCAGAAAGAAUGCCAACAAAUCAAAUGUUCACCUGGGGCUUGGGAAGAAAGAAAAGAAAAAUCAAUAUGCAGUCAAAGAGUGGUCUUAUUUUUCUAGAAAGUGACUCUCCAGAAAAGCUCCAAGGAAGCUCUCCCUUAACACCUCUGACAUUCCAGAGACUGUCCUAAACUCCGGUAUUCAGCUUCUGUCUGGAAAUCAGACUUAUCUUCAAGUCUUCCUUCAUACAGGAAAAAUGCAUGUGGCAGUGGUAGCAGUUAACGUGAUAUUGCUCCUAAGCAUGGGGUGGACGUCAGACUCUCUCUGCUCACCCACAGUUUUUUACAGAGACUGCUGGAUCCGUCGCUUCCCAGGUCUUCUAAUCGAUCUGGAGGAGUCUCAGAAGCUGGGAGCCCAGUUCUUGAAGUAUUAUUCUGAAAGCACUGGCCAGAAGUGCAGUAGGAGCUGCUGUCUUCGGAAGGAUGUUUCCUGUAACCUGGCUGUCUUCUACCACGAUCCUAUUCAUGACAAUAUCAACUGCCUCCAUGUUCACUGCCCAACACUGGAGAGCUGCAUAUUAGAGCCUGGAACCAGUGCCAUUUUGUACAACAUAACAGAUGGUAUAGAUCCAGAUUUGCUGGUUUUCGAACAAUCUUCCACAUAUCUCAAUACUCGUUCUUCAUCCAAGAGAUGGGACGGACUAAGGAUUCUAAAAGCUAUGAAUUUAGAUAAACAAACCACCAUGAUAAAUGGUGUGCUGCCAUCCACAGAGGCUCCGUCCUCAACCACACAUCAAGAUUUGGUUGUAAACACAAACAGUACCAGUUAUUCUAAGGAAUUAACCACAGAUUUUUGGGCAAGAUUUACUUCCCUGAAUGACUCCAUUACCGCAAAGAUAAAUAUGGUGUCACCAAAUACUGAUUUCAUCAGCAAUCCAGAUAAUAAGACUAUUUCUCCUUUCUUUGUACCCAUAGACACAAAACUUUCUCAUAUGCCUAUUCCACCCCUACUCAACAGUAGCAAGCAAUUCCUGAAUAAAACCAAAGGAUACAACAGCAGAAACCACACAUCUGCGAAUGAAGAUGAGGUAUCUGUGACUUCAAAGGCUUGGCCGGUUUCUGUGGCCCUUUGCACCUCUGUCAUCUUCCUUGGCUAUUGUAUAGUCAUCCUAGCAUCUGGAUGCUGUGGAAAGCAGCAGGGCCACUGUAAACUGAGACAGAGAAAAUCAGGAUCCUAGCAAAUUAAAAAUCGUAACCAUGUGAAGGAGAACUCUUCAUAGCAAAAGCUGUAGCAAGAUUAUAUGCUUUAAAGGAUAUCAUUUUUAGUUUUGUGUAAGAAAGGGCAGUUUAGUGGAAAAAAAAAAUUGGUCUGGGC